UGUUAUGCGGUGAGCGCGGUGAAGGAAGCCGCGGAUAGGAUUUUUAGGGUCGGUAAUAGUCCUCGCUGCCCUAUGUCGAUGAUCACAUCGCCACUGUUUUGGGAAUGGUUUAACAUUUGGCUAGUUGAAUUUUUGAAGGAUCUAUAUCAUGAAAUUAAAAUGGUUGCGCUAAGAGGUAAUGGGUUCGUAUCGCACGGAGGUCAGCCGGAGGUCGGUGGCAAUGGGAUGCAGAACGGCGGAGGCAUCGGGUCUGCGCGCAUGCAGGUGCAGUACAUGCCGGGGCCUAUCAAGCACGAGCCGCCGCGGUACCCGGGCUGUGCGCCCUCCGCCGCCGCCUCCUCCGGCGCCCCCUAUAGGUUGCUGCCGCAGUCGACGCCAAACAGUUAUCCACGAGCUUCAACACCACAUAGGUCGGAGUGCUACCAUCCGGCAGGGUCGACGGCUUCCGGCUUCUUGCCGGGGGCUCAGCCGAACUUAGGGCCCCAGCCGAACCUGCGCCCGCAGCCGACCCCGCAGCCAUCAGCGCCCCCCGCGCCCCCUGCGCCCGCUGCACAACAACUGGACAUGUCAAAGCCUACCCUGGGAGGACACAACUACGUGCCACAACAAAGUCAGAGUCCGCAAUCGAGACCGCAGUAUUCAAACUUCUCGUACAGGGCGCAACAUGGAGCACGACCCAACACACAUCCAAGACAACAACAGCCUUACAUGGGCGGUGCGGGUAACAAUACAGCGGCGCCUGUCGUUUACCAUCAUCCCACGCUGGUCUUCCAGCCACACAUGGGACUGCCACAAGGCUACCAGCAGCCAAGAUCGUCCUCUUCAGGAUUCUACCAGUACGUAUCGCCGUACUUGGGCUACGGCACGCCCACUGGUCACACGCCACCAUAUUACUACCCGAACAACCAGCCUAUGGGCGGAAGUGGGGUGACGACGAACAACGCGCGUGCAGGCGCCCCGCUGGUGGGCCCGCAGCCUACCGCAGCGGCAGCGCCAGCACCGCUCCCCCACCCACCCCCACCGCCCCAUCUACACACCGCAAUGCCCGGUGUUCGACCUACACUCCCUACAAAGCGCAGCCACAGAGUGCCUAUAAUCGAUCCUGUCACACAACAAGAAGUGCUGUCAGAAUUAUACAACAACGAUAAUUAUUUCGUUUCGGGCGAAAUGAACGAGAGACAAACGCCUCAGCCGGAGGCGCCGCCGACGCACACCAUCGCGGAAGAAUUUUCGAGACUGGUGAACGAAUCGAUAGCGAACCAACAGCCCGUGAACGACAUCGCGAUGAAGCCACCGCUCGUCCCCAAGACGAUCGACAUGCCCACACCGCCGUUAUCACUGUCCAUGCAAACACAAACAAACACCCAGAGCAGUGCUGCGACCAACCCCGUAACGCAGAUGUUACGCGAGCAAAGGGAUCGCAUCAAAACAGAAGAGGACACGAGGCCGAAAGAACACGUUCAAGAAAAGGGGACGACGACGAAGCCUAACGGACCCACGUCACUAGUGCGUUCAGAGCCUAUACCUGAAGUUGAACAUGAAAGUCAACUACAUAAAACGGAAACGAAAGUAGCAAAAAUAACAGCUGCAACUCCAAAAGAAAUUUAUGUAACUGAAUCAUCAAACAACAACAAACUGCCCACAUUACCUGAGUCUGCUGUAACUGCAACAGAUCAUAACACUGACAAUAUUGAAAAGUCUGCUAUAGAAUCAACUGCCAAACCUAGGCUAAGCGAGAACAAAGAAGUCUCCAGUGUAAACAAAGCACAGGCAAAGCUUUCACAAAGCAUAGAUAAAGCUGUUACUGACAGCAUCAAACACAAAAUGAAGGAUAUUAAUCUUAAUAAUGAGAUAACAGAUUCUGCACCAUCAGCAGAUGCCAAUGACAAUGAAGUGACACUGAAGUCAGAAAGUGUUAAAGAAGAGAUAUACAAAAAUGAAAAGGUCACAAAUAACCCUAAGGAUGAUAAGAAAUCUUCUAAUAACAUUAACAUAGAAGAUUCUAAAGAUAUUGAUGCCAAUGAUAAUGUCGAAAGUGAUACAGACAAAGUAAGCAUGGAUCAAAAACAAGAUGCUCCAACCUCAGAUGAAGAGUCGAAGACAUCAACUGCUGAUGAUAAUGAAAAAUCUGCACCUUCUGCUCCAAAACUUAAAUACAAAUAUGACAAUGAUCAAUGGUCACCUUUAAAUCAGGCCGGCAAGAAGUGCUAUGAUAUUGGAUUAUUGAUGCAAAUUAAAGAUGAUCCCCUCUCAAAGACUAAGCCAAAUGCACCAAUGCUAGAAGUGUGCAAUAUAAUAAAGCCACAUCAAGAGCCGCAGCCCUUCAACCCAAUAUCCAGACCUAUUAAUGAUUCCUUGUUCCCCAACUUUGCAAAGAACUCAAGUAUAGGUUCAAGGAGUAACACACCACGGGAUCCUAAGAAGGAUGGCAGGAACUUAAGCACCGGUGGUAAAGGUAGCAUGAAGCUAAACGUUUCGCCUAGUGGUAGCACCCAUCAUAAAGCUGUGAUCCGUGUAUCACUGACUCGGGAAGAUGUAAAGCUUAACCAGUCUAAAGAUGCCUGGAAGCCGACCAGACUGAAGGCUGCUAGUCUGAGUGAAGAAGAAUUCAAAACACAGGAGUUGUAUAAGAAAUUCAGAGGUAUUCUGAACAAACUUACGCCGCAGAAGUUUGACACUCUAAUGGAGAAAGUAAAGACAUUGGAAAUAAACACUCAAAGCCGUUUAGAAGGCGUCAUUGAUUUGGUAUUUGAGAAGGCGAUCGAUGAGCCCAACUUUUCAGAGGCCUAUGCUAAUAUGUGCAAUAAACUUGCAUCAAUAAAGGUGCCUGCAGAUAAUGGCUCCCCGGACAAAUAUGUUAAUUUCCGACUUCUCAUCAUCAGCAAAUGCCAGAAUCAGUUUGUUACAGAUAAAGUUGAUGAGAAUGUAUUGAAAUUGGAGAAAGAAAUGAAUGAUUGCACUGAUCCUGUCAAAAAGAAGGAACUUCAAGUGCAAGUAGAAGAAGAAAACAGAAAGUUAAGAAUGAGAUCAGUUGGAAAUGUCAGAUUUAUUGGUGAGCUGUAUAAAUUGAAGAUGUUGACUGCCAAGAUUAUGGUUUAUUGUAUGAAUUAUCUUGUAGACAAGUUAGAAGAAGAAAAACUUGAAUGUCUUUGCAAAUUGCUCACCACUAUUGGGGAACAGGUGGAAAACGAAGUCAGAGAACAACUGGAGCUUGUGUUCAAACAAAUGCAAGAGAUUGUCGACAAGAAAUCAAAUAAGAUAAGCAGUCGUGUGCGAUUCAUGAUCAAAGACGUGAUCGAACUGCGCCAACGACGCUGGGUAGUGAAGAGCGUCGUCGACUCUCAGCCCAAGAUGAUGGACCAGAUUCAAAAGGAAGCUGAACAACAACAGAGACAUAUUGAGUUGAUGAACUCCAUUCCGAUGGGCGGUGGUUACGGUCGCCGCGAGGACGGCGGUCGCGGCAAACGCGGCGGCGAGGGCCGACGUCAGAAUAAUAAUUCAUUUAUGGAUAAUAACUGGAAAUCGCCACGAAUCAAUACCGUUGAUAUGUCCAAACUCAAAGCUGGUACCCAAAAGAAUCUUAGCAAUAUCAAACUUGCGCCCCAGCAUUCUGGAUGGAAUCAUGGCUCGGGUACAAAGAACACUCUGCAGGCCAGCAGUAACUCUAUGAUUGGAAUCACCAAGAACAAAUAUAGUAUGCUUGAGAACUCAUCCACUGAUCCUACAUUGCUUAGAGCAAAUCCUGAUUUAUCUACGAGCUACACAAAAGGAGCUUCCAUUGAGAGGUCAACAUUUAACUCCCGAGGUGACUUUAACAUGAGCAGCGGCAGUCGUGCCCGACUCGCUCCAGAAGCUGCCCCUCGCCCGGCAGCCAGUACGCCUACCCCGCAGGCGACGGAGCCCCCGCCGGCCGUCGAGCUCGCACAAGAGCCCCUGCCUGAAGAGAAGAAGAAAUCCGUCAGGUCCAUGGUCGGACUUAGUCUCAACUUUGACAAUGAUGAGGUUGUCAUUGAAAUACAACAACGCUUCCCGACCCAAUACCAUGCGGCACUCGUCACAGAAAUCAUCAAUAUCGUACUAGAAAAAUCAGCAAAGGAUAUUGACACAGUGGCAAAAACGAUUCUCCAUAUUGUCAACUUGAAUGUAUUAUCUGCGAGCAACUUCCUCGCUGGCAUCUCUGAGAUAUUUGAGUUUGGGCCCGACCUGUACAUUGACAUACCCAUGCUUUAUGUCUACCUUAGUAAAUUUAUGACCCCACUUAUUGAAAAUAAGCAUGUUACAUUUGCUCAAGUAUUUAAACUUUGUGAAAAGUCAAUAAUACCUGCAGAGCAUGGUCAUUUGAUAUUAAAAGCUAUCAUAAAUAGCCUCAAGGAGAGCAUGGGAGUGUCAUUUGUUAAGACCAAAUGGCAGGAGUCGGGAUUGGAGUUCAAGCAAUGGAUGAACGAAGAUCAAGUGCCUAAAUGGCUAGAAGAUAAUAAAUUAGAGUAUCUUGUAAAGGACAUUCCCUCUGAGGAAUCAAAGAUAAUACUGACGCCCGCAGAGGUUGAGAGCAAACUGUUGCAGCUCAUGAACGCUGACGAGACAUGCGACUGCGUGCGCGGUUGGAUACAGGACAACGUGGGCGCAUCACGCGAGGAGGAGUGGGUCACGCGCGCCCUGAUGGCCGCUGUGUGCUCUCACGCACUUCUCGGCGGUGAAGGCGCGCGCCGGCUGUCCCGCGAGCGCAUGCACAAGUAUGCCCCACUGCUGCACGAGCUGGCCGCGCGCAGCGAGCUCGACUGCCUGCUCGCUGUGCAGCGCCUCGUGCAUCGCCUCGAGCACCCACAAGGAUUGACAUUGGACAUAUUCCAAUAUCUACAUGAGCAAUACAUCAUCUCUGUAGAAGGAUUUAUUAUGUGGGAAACAAGUGAAAAGGAACCAGAGGGCAAAGCGGUGAUGCUGAAGGCGCUGACGUCUUUCUUCACCAACAUCCGGGAGGCGGACAACGAGGACACCUGCAGCGAGGAAUGACGACUGCAGCCGCCGCCGCCCCCCGCGCCGGCCUCCCCCACAAUUACCUUCUACUAUAUUUUUUUAUACUAAAAUACUAACAUAGUUUAUAAAAUAUAGUAGAAUGUGGCGACGACUGACGGGCGACAGUGCACGCGAUGCCUACGCUUGAUUGUAUGAAUGUGUUAUGACGUUUUGUUUUAAAUAGCAAAGUUUAAAAUUAUAAAAAAUAUAGAAAAAAAGAUAGAUUAAGUGGAGAGUAAGGCAUGGUAUGGUAUAGGAGAGGAAGAGUGAUGGUGGGAUGAUGAGGAGGGAUGCGUGCAUGUGAUUGGGAAGAAAUGCGGCCGUGUGCUGUCCCGCGGUCGGAGGCCGCGCCGGAGCCCUGCUGCCACAGAUCUACUAUUAUUAUUGUAAAAGAACCGAUGCUGUUGCGGAUCGGUUACAUAUAAAACUAAUGCUUGAUUAGAGAACGGCGUGCGCUCACGCCCCAGGUAAGUACCUUUGUUUACGUGUUUGUUUUUGUAAUGUACUAUUAUAAUCCGUUUUUUUUUUCAUUUUGUUCCCAAACUAAUGAAAUUCUCAAUUAAGGAAAUCAACUACACGUACACGAUACAAUAUGAUUUACAUUUUUUUUUCUACAUUUUAUUUUUAACUUAUGAAAUAAAUGUUUUCUUUUUUAAUUUUUAGCCAAUAUUUUACUACUUAUUUGUUGCAAAUAAAUACGAUUUAAAUAUAACAGCUUAUGGAUGUAUGGAUUAUAGAUUGUAAUUGUAAUGACUUGAAUAUUAUUGUUACAUAUUCAAAUACUGAUUGGACUACAUAUUAUAUAUAUUGAUUUUAUUAUUAAAUUGUUUGUUUGUACUUUACAAAUACUGUUAAUUAUUAUUUAUCAAAAUUAUCGCGAAUGAUACACACAACAUGCAACACUUUCUAAAGUUCUACUAGAGUCUAAUUUGAUUGAAUUUGAAAGAUUUUUUUUCAUUUGCAUAAAUUAUGUGUUUAAAUUAAACGCGCUUAAAUCCAUGAAAUUGAUUUGCUAAUGUGUACUUCGCGUAAAUUUCAAAUACUUUGCAUAUAUAAAAAAUUUAAAUUUUAUAGAUAAUCAAACAUAAAUUGUGACACUUUUGAAACAGAUUAAAAUAAUUUGGGAUUUAUAUUUCAAUUAUCAUCGACUAUUGUAAACUAUAUCUUAUUUUAUAUAUAUAUGGCUAUAGCUUUAUGAUUAAACCUAUUUUUAUCAGUUACUAUGUAUGUUAUGUAAAUAAACUUUUUUGAAGAAA